AUGGCUGAUAAACAGAUCAGUUUACCUGCCAAGCUGAUCAAUGGAGGGAUAGCUGGGCUGAUCGGGGUCACCUGUGUAUUUCCCAUUGACCUGGCAAAAACUCGCCUGCAGAACCAGCAGAAUGGCCAGCGGAUGUACACCAGCAUGUCUGACUGCCUCAUUAAAACAAUUCGGUCGGAAGGCUACUUCGGCAUGUACAGAGGGGCUGCAGUGAACCUGACUCUAGUGACACCAGAAAAGGCUAUCAAACUGGCAGCCAAUGACUUCUUCCGGCAUCAUCUCUCCAAAGACGGGAAAAAGCUGACACUGCUGAGGGAGAUGCUGGCGGGCUGUGGCGCGGGUACCUGCCAGGUGAUUGUCACCACUCCCAUGGAGAUGCUCAAAAUCCAGCUGCAGGAUGCGGGGCGAAUUGCGGCACAGAAGAAGCUGAUGGCAGCGCAGGCCCAGCUCUCCUCUUCCUCCGCGCUGGGGGCGGCGGAACCAGCGGUGGAAACGCGCACCACAGCAACACAGAUAACGAGGGAGCUGCUGCGGAGCAAAGGCAUCGCGGGACUCUACAAGGGCCUGGGAGCCACGCUGCUAAGGGAUGUCCCAUUCUCCAUUGUUUACUUCCCGCUGUUUGCAAACCUGAACAAGCUGGGCCAGAAGGACCCCAGUGCCAAGGCUCCGUUCUACGUGUCCUUCCUCUCCGGGUGUGUGGCCGGCAGCACGGCUGCGGUGGCUGUCAACCCUUGCGAUGUGAUCAAAACGCGGCUGCAGUCCUUGCAGAGAGGAGUGAACGAGGACACCUACUCAGGGAUCCUGGACUGCACCAAGAAGAUCUGGCAGAAGGAAGGGCCCAUGGCCUUCCUGAAAGGAGCAUACUGCCGAGCCCUGGUCAUUGCUCCUCUCUUCGGCAUCGCACAAGUCGUCUACUUCAUUGGCAUUGCGGAGUUCCUGCUGGACAUGCUCCCCAAGCACCGGGCCUAG